AUGUCUUCCGACGAUGUCCCCCAAGCGCCACAUAACAAACCGUCUACCUCAUCCUUCGCCGACGUGUUCAAGACCCUCGCGGUGGGCCGCCCCAAGUCGCAGUCGCCGGUAUUACAUGCGCAAAACGCUGGAGGCUCCCUGUCGCCCGACAUGGAAGGUAGGAGAGGCAGCAGAGUGACCUUUGGCUUCGAGUCCCUGCAUCGAGGAAGUGUGGCCACGAGUGCGUCUGAUGCGUCGACUGCCCCAAGCUUCGACACCAUUCUUCACAACCUAUCGGCGGACCAGCCGCUCCAGGCUGCAGUCGACGAGGCAGAGAGGGCGGUGAGGUAUCUACACGGUUUCAGCGGUGACCAGGUGGUUGCGGUCUGGGAACAGGGCGCCUAUCUUAUCGACCAUCCGAGUUCUCCGGAAGCUCGAAAUGCUGGCUCUGUCCUGCUCGAAAGUGUCUCCAGCCGACAGGACCUGUCGUUGGCCGGACGAAAGAUACUCUUCUCCUCAAUCUCGCGACCGUCACAGCCAGACGUGAUUCCCCGCCGGAUAAAGGCCUUGAUCGCACUGUCAGACUAUGGGAGGAAAUUCGAUUUCACUGACGAGCCCGUAUUGCGAAUAAUCGCCGCCUGGAUUGUGCCCCUAUACGAGCAAACAGCCACCAUCAGAUCAAAACUCAAGCGGGCAAGAGGGCAAAGGCCAAAUGGCGCCACCCUUGAUGAGACCAUCUUGGGUGAAUUGUUUCAGCUGAUUGUCGACAUUGUCACUUUGCAACGACACCCCCCUGGCCCGGAUGUUAUCGAACUCGUUCUUGAACAGAUAUUCACUGUCUGCAGAAAGACAAGCGCCGCUGUGGAUAUUAAAAAUGCUCUGGUUGUUUUCGAUGCCAUAAUCACGACUUCAGGCGUACCCGACCCUAGCUUCAUCCCUCUACUCGAGGUGCUGUGCAGCAUCCAUGCGUCGGUAAAGUCGUUAGCUGGCCCAACUUCGCGAGCAGUUCGCAGCCUAGCCAAGUCUGGCAAGCAGCCGGUGAUGGUGGAAACCCUUCACACCUUUCUUCUAGAGACGUCGGAGCGGCCUGACCGGAAUCUAAAUGUUACUAGAGGCGCUGUUGACAUCUUUCGGGAUCUGCUUGUUGCAUACGGCCAAGAUGGAAUGCCUACCAUAUCCUUCGACCAUCUUAUCACCUCUCUUCACCACGCAUCGCUCCGAAAGGAUGGUCGCAUCGACACCGAUAUCCUAGAGGUCUGUCUUAACGUGUUGCAAGGCGAAUUCGCUCCAGUCUCACUGCAACACGACUGGUCGGAGUUUGUCAAUGUCAUGCUGGCUUGUUCGGAGCGGGCUAUCGACAUAACGACGCCAGGGUCGCCCGCUUCAAACAUCUCUCCUCUCGCCACACCUGUGCCUGCCAAAUCCACCAUGGCCGACGAUGUGCGAUCAAACAUAGUCGCCAACCUUACCCGGAUCGCUGCCUCGCUCGAGAAUUUGUGGCCAAAGUUGGAUAAGAAUCAAAAACUAGAAGCAUGGCGUCUCUUGGCCGACGUUCAUAAAUAUCUGAGCCACUCUCAGUCAGAAUUAGCUAUACGUCUGAUGGGCAUCGAGAAGCUAUGCCACCCAUCCACAUCAGACGAUUGGUCUAGUUACUCGUGGAAAUUAGUGCACGAUUACAUUUUGGCUCGCGACAAGGCUCCAGAGACUCGCAUCUUGGCCUUAGCAACCUUUAGAGAUGCGUAUUUUAGUGAGGAUGGGCCCGAGUUGUUUCUCAAUGAAGGUCUUGUUCGCGCUCUCACUACGGACUUUGCCGACGAGGAUUCAUAUUUGUUUCUCCAGGAAUUGGUGGCCUUCCUCGUUGAUGGAACAGCCAACUCUGACGAAGACACCUUCAACCUCAUAAUCGAUACUCUAAGCCAACCGAUGAAUGCGGACGACAACAAAGAGGACAUGUCUCCAUCUAGCACCAAUCCAGUGCCGCACUAUGUUUUGAAUUCGGACACUCUCGCGCCGUCCUUGAGCGACGCAACGACGUUGGGCAUUAUCCGGAUAUUUUUGAAAGGGUUAGAAACGAAGUCUCAGGUUGCUCUGAAAGCCUACGAAAAAUUAAUAGACAUUGCACUGUCAACACGACGGCCAUCCGACUGUCGCCUCACUGCGCUCCGGCUUCUUUUCCGACUCCGAUGUGAUACAUCUGGUAUUAUCCAUAUUGCAUCCUCCAUCGACAAUAGCCACCUGACGGCUGGUUUGCUACGCCCUGCCGAGUCGACUGCGAAGUCGAGUGUCAGUGAAGAAUCAUCCACUGAACGCGCAGCGAAAGAAAACGAUGUAUCGUCAACUCCAAAUAGCAGGCUUUCUCUUAAAGAUCCAUCAACUACCCCACUGGGACUCCAUAGCCCCCGUACCAUGUCUCGCCGCCCAUCUCGAUGGGUUGCACCAAUCUGGACCUUUGACGAACAAAACAAGCUGCCUGACGUGACAGCUCUCAAACUGGGCAGUAAUGUUUACGCGUUCAAGAGCUCAUGCACUGAAGAAGACCAUAAACACGACACCAAUGUCGUCUUGAAAAUCAACAUAUGGGUUGAGGCCAUUAUUGCGCUACUUCAGCGUGAGAAAGAUUGGGAUAUCUAUAGCUACGUAUCUGCGCACGUUGGUGCACAGCUUGCCAAUAGAGAUUUCUUUCGAGCCGCAUUACCCCAGGUAAAGCUGCUACGGAGCGUUUUGUGCGAACAGAUCAAGAACGAGAGUUUCCCCGAACCACUCGGUUGGACAGGAGUAAAGAAGAAGGAUAUUGCGAUAUGCCUCCUAGAAGCUCUAACUAUGCUUGUUAGUUUCCACGAACACUUUGCUAAAGGCGAGCAGGACGAGAUUGUUCGUGCGUUCAUGUAUGGAAUUGGAUCUUGGGAAGGCACAUCUCGAGGAUGUAUUCAUGCACUUAGCGUUUGCUGUCACGAAAUCCCACUAUCGGUGACCAAGUGUUUGAAUGCGAUCCUUGACAAAAUGUCCAAGGUCAUCACCCGAUCUCAUAUCGCAGUCCAUAUCCUCGAAUUCCUCGCUCUGCUCGCUCGAUUACCUGAGGUGUAUGUCAACCUUCGUGACGAAGAGAUCAGGACUGUUUUCGGAAUUUGCAUUCGAUAUAUUCAAACCUCCAGGGAACAGCGAUACAAGAGUGCAGAAGUUGCCAAUGUUCGAUCUGUCUCCAUGCCCUCGCGAGUGAGCAAUGGUUCGAAAGAUCCUAUUUCAAAUCCCCCCACAGAGGCCAUCGAUUUCCAUGGUGGGGAGAACGUAGCCAGAUAUGUCUAUCAUCUGACAUACCACGUCAUGGUCUUUUGGUUCCUAUCCCUCAAGCUGCAGGAUCGCCCAAAUCACGUCGGCUGGAUCACAAAGCGAUUGGUAUUCAAUGACGAGCAGGGGAAGGAAGUCAUCGAAGAGCAGAGCCAGGUAUUUAUUGACAUGAUGCAGCGAGUUGCAUACUCGGAUUUAGGAGACACCAUUCCAUUCGAAAACUUCCCCCCUUCGCCUUCGGAUGGUCCAGUUGUGAAAAGGACUUGGAUUGUAGGGACCAGUAUCGUGACGAUCGAAACAGCAUGCGCCUCUGGUUUAAACCAAGUCACUAAAAGACAGGCAUCCGGAACUACAUACUCUAUCUUCCAGCAGCGGACCGCGCCAGUUCUGCCUCAUCAAAUUCCAACAAAUCCUGGGACAUAUUCUCUCUCUGACGAUGCUUCAACACGAACCUCAGUCUUGCCAAGCCAUGCUCUUCUCCAGAUGACAGCAUCCGCAUUCCCCACCCCUACUCCACUGCAGCCACUCCCGUUACCAGAUGAUGACUUUACUCGGCGGGCAAUUGGUGCGUUUGAUAGGAACAGUAUCGUUGACGGCCAUAAGAUUGGAGUUCUAUAUAUUGGCGAAGGCCAAACUGAUGAGACAGAAAUAUUUGCCAAUGAAUGCGGCAGUCCAGACUAUGAAUUCUUCAUUGAGAGUCUCGGGACCAAAGUCUCCAUCGAGAACCCCAAGUUUAAUCCUCAAGGCCUCCAUUUUGAAAGAGAUGGCAAAUACAUUUACGCCUGGCGUGAUCGAGUUUCCGAAAUUAUAUACCACGUCGCUACCAUGAUGCCCACGAACUUGACAGCGGAUCCGCAUUGUGUAAACAAAAAGCAGCACAUUGGCAACGAUUUCGUAAACAUCAUCUUCAACCGCUCCGGCUCCGAGUUCGACUUCAACACUAUCUCGACGCAGUUCAACUUUGUGGAUAUUGUGAUAACUCCAGCUUCUCCGGUAGGCCUUGGUAAAGAAAUAGAAGGGAAAUUCACAGUAAAUGACUUCAACCGAAGAUUUUAUACUGUCAAAGUGUUGAGCAAGCCUGGUAUGCCCGAAUUAUCAGCCUCGGCAAUUCCAAAGGUCAUUUCCGGCAAGAAUCUCGCUGCUUUCGUCCGAAUCAUUGGCUUGAACGCAUCUGUUUUCUCUCUUGUCUGCAGCCAUGGUGGUGAAUAUAUCUCGUCAUGGCAAAACCGUUUGAGAGAAAUCCGUCGUCUCCGGGACCGCGCAUAUGCAUGCUCUUCCAUCGACAUCACUACCCCGGACGCUGUAUCUAACAGCAAUGUCAACAGCAACUCUGGUCCGAACAAUGACGGCCAAUACCCGGCCUCUCGACGCAAUACCAAACCUCCCAACGAGGACGCAAGUUUACGCAGUGGCCUAGGCACCGAACGCAACCUUGCAAUGGACUACAACGCUUUCCAGAGCUUAGACUUCUCGCGCUGGACUCGUUAA